AAUGGGGAACAAGGGGAAGGAGAGGCAGAGAUCACUGAACUACCAUAGGCUGGUUGAGGAUCAAUCUCAAGGGAGAGCACGGAAAGGGCAUGUGCCGGUGCUCGUGGGGAGAGGAGAGGAGGUGGAGAGGUUCGCCGUCAAUGUCAAAUUCUUCAAUGAUCCAAGCAUGGUGGCUCUGUUGGAGAUGGCCGCCGAUGAGCUUGGAGAUAGCUCAAGGGGUGGAGUUUUGAGGGUUACUUGUGAUGUUGAUCAUUUUAGGAGUGUGGUUAGCGUCAUCUCUAAGUCUAAAUCUACAUGACUAAGAUUGGUGUGAGUUCUUUUUCGUUCGAGUAAUUUGUAGAUAACCUUCAUCGUCUAUAUCUUUAGUAGCAUUUAUCGAACUCGAAGGUUGAUAAGUGUUCAUAUGAGGAAGGGGGUUAUUUGCAAUUUACGCUCUUAUUUUCCUCUUCAUGUUGAGUUGGAGGUCAGAUGGCAACAUGAGUGAUGAGAAGUAGGAAGCGGGGCAAAACUUUUUUUUUUUUCUUUUGAUCUGUGAAGAGCUUGGAUGUGUGAUAUCAAACAGGGAUCAAUACGUUAUAGAUGUAAGCAAAGCUUUGUGUUUGCGACACUGUAAAUAUGGUGGCUAAUAAGGUUGGGUUACAGGAUGUAUCAGGUUUUAGGUUUGAAUGUAACUUUCGACAAUGUAAUUCUGGUGGCUAAUAAG